AGAUUUAACUUUAAUAAAGUCGUGUCUUUGUUUUUCAAUAGCGGAAAAUUUGUUUCAAAAAAUGUUCGCGUCUUACCCCUGUUUAUGUAGAGCCCCGUCGUAAACGGCUCUUGUAACUUUUCUUCAUAGUGAUACCAUGGCAGCUGCGGUCACUACAGACCCCAAGACCAUUUCUGCAAUCUACAGGCAGUACUGUAGUUUCCCAUCUCCCACCCAGGCAUUUGUAGGCCCUGAGGUACCUUGUGAGCAGGGAGGGAGCUACAUUAACAUCUGUACAGAAUGGACCCAGAGUGAGCUGGAGAGAGGUCAGUCAAUCAGUUUCAGCCGUCAGCACACUGUUCUGCAUGAUGGAGUUUCUCUGCGCCUGAUUGGCCCGCCUUCACCCUGCACUGACAUUCAGAACCAGUUGCUCAGUUGCUACUCUCCAUCGGGGAAGCUGAAGGCUGUUAUUCGUGAAAAGCAGGAGAAACAGUUUUUGGAGAUUUGGGGAGAAAAUGGACUGCAAAGAUCCACAGAUUUAAGUGCGCAGAAUGUACAUGGCAAGGUCUACGGCAGUGGACAGUUUGGGGUUCUGUCAUGGUCUCAUUCGGAAAAGAAAGUUCUGUAUGUCGCCGAGAAGAAACGAACAGAGAUAAGAUCUUUCUUUCAGCCCUCAGCUUCUGUUUGCCAUGAUGAAAAAAGGGAGUCGAAGAGACAAGAGGGCAAAGAGGAGCAGGAGGACUCCAAUAUAUCACAGCAACCUAUAAAGGACAGCAACUUGGAAUUUUGGGAUGACUGGGGAGAGGGGAUGUCAGGCAGUAGGCUCCCAGUCUUAUGUAUUUUAGACAUCCAGAGCAGCUGCAUCUUGGUGGUGAAGGGCAUCCCAGAUGAUGUGUCUCCGGGGCAGGCUCUAUGGGCUCCUGGUGACCAAGGACUGCUCUUUGUUGGCUGGCAUCAUGAGCCAUUCCGACUUGGCUUGAAGUUCUGUUACAACCGCAGGUCUGCGCUCUACCAUGUAGAUUUUGAAGGCAGAUGUGAGCUCCUGUCCUCCGAUUCCCAUGCCAUCUCAUCUCCUCGACUCAGCCCUGACCAGCGGCAUGUCAUUUACCUAGAGGGGGAGACUUUUGGACCCCAUAGUCAGUGCCUGCGCCUCCAGCUGUAUGAUUGGCUCACCAAAGAAACCUCGAUAUUGGUAGACCGUGUUAAGCGUCCUGAAAAGGACUCAUUUGCUGGACUCUAUACCACUGCACUGCCCAUGAUGUGCUGGUCAGCUGACAGCCAGAGGAUCCUUGUUCACACUCCCCAAAGGAGCAAAAAGGAAAUCUAUGUAGUGCAAUUAAUGGAGAAAAGAUUGACACGGCUAGUUGACAGCACAGAAUCUGGCAGCUGGACAAUUUUGACCGCUCAAAGGGACCUUGUUAUUGCCUUCUGCUCAGCCCCCAACAGCCCACCCAGUCUGAAACUGGGCAUUUUUCCUCCCAAGGGGGGAGAGCAGAGCAUCACAUGGGUGUCCCUUCAGGAAUCUGAUCAGCUACCUGCCAUUGAGUGGACAGUGCUGACCUUCACACCACCGCCUGCAGAGGAAAACCAGCACUUUCCUGGUCUGGAUUUUGAAGCCUUGUUGGUGAAGCCUAAAUCUGUAGAGAAGGCAGGAAUUCCCUUGAUUGUUCAGCCUCAUGGGGGGCCACACUCUGUGUUUGUGGCACAGUGGCAGCAGAAUCUGGCAGUUCUGGUGCGAGUUGGAUUUGCAGUGCUACAAGUAAACUAUCGUGGGUCCACUGGAUUUGGCCAGGAUAGCAUUGAGUCACUCAUUGGGCUAAUUGGGAGACAAGACGUCAAAGAUGUGCAGCAUGCUGUCAACACAGUGCUCCAGAGUGAUGCAACCCUUAACCCCAAAAGUGUUUACUUGCUGGGGGGCUCUCAUGGAGGCUUCUUGGUCUGCCACCUGGUCGGACAAUACCCUGACUUCUACAAGGCUGGUGUUAUGAUGAAUCCUGUCAUCAACUAUGCCACUUUACUGGGGACCAGUGACAUUACCGACUGGAGGUACACAGCAGUUGGACUUCAGUACUCAUAUGACCGGAUCCCUACUGUGGAUGAUUUGGCUGCCAUGCUGACCUCCUCUCCUCUGGUCCAUGCUGCCAAGAUCACAACCCCAGUGCUGUUACUGCUGGGUGGAAAAGACAAGAGAGUUACUCCAAAACAAGGUGUGGAGCUCUACAGGGUGCUGAAAAGUCGGAGCCGCUCUGUCAGAUUGCUGUGGUACCCUGAUGAUGGCCACUCUCUCUCAAAGACAUCCACAAUGGCAGACAGCUUCAUGGCAAUGAUUUUGUGGUUCCUACAGCAUCUUGGUAGGAAACCCCACUAGACAUCCUGUUAAGCAUUUUAUGGAUGGAACCUCUUCUUGAAGUUCUUUUUUGGCUAGCGAACUGCCAUGGUAGGGAGGAGUGGAGGAUGGUUCCAUUGAACAUUGUGAUCUUCAGGGUUUGUCAUGCAGCUGUCAUGAAUCCCUUGUCUGUCACUUCAUUUCUCUUUUGUCUUUUCUCUGCUUUUAUUCAUCUCACUCAUUCAAGCUGUCAUUCAUUAUAUAUUUUUGUUGUUCUUUUUUUUUUCCUCUUUCCCGGCAUUCUUCCCUUUUCAUGUUCUCUGAUUUCUGCAUAUCCUCGCAUGCCAAAUUCUUUCUUGAUAUAGUACUAGGGUGUUGUACCGUGUUAGCCAUUAUGAA